AUGGAUGUGGACUACCCCGAAGUUUGCAUCGCUGAUUUCCAUGUGUUUGAAUUGCUCGGGCGCGGUGGAUUUGCGCAAGUCUAUAGGGCAAAAUCAAUCAUCACUGGUCAAGAAGUGGCCAUCAAGAUGAUUGACAAAAAGGCAAUGCUGCAGCAUGGACUCGCAAAUCGAGUUCGCCGCGAGGUGGAAAUCCACAGCCGGCUGAAGCACCCAGCCAUUCUUGAGCUGUACACGUGCUUUGAAGACUCCAAUUAUGUUUAUUUGGUGCUUGAAAUUUGUCACAACGGUGAACUGCAAACGUACAUUCGACAGAAUGGUCCGGUUACGGAAGAUGUUGCUCGGCAUUACCUGAAGCAGUUGAUCAACGGCUUGCUCUACCUCCAUUCGCACAGCAUUUUGCACCGGGAUUUGACGCUCGCAAAUCUACUUCUAACGAAGGAUAUGAAAGUGAAAAUAGCCGAUUUUGGACUAGCUACGAGGAUCGAACCAGGUGAAGAUCACAAAACCAUGUGCGGCACACCAAACUACAUAUCACCUGAAGUUGCAAGCCAUGGCCAACAAGGAUUGGAAACCGAUGUUUGGUCGCUUGGUUGCAUGUUUUACACGCUUAUUGUUGGUCGACCGCCAUUUGACACCCGAGAAGUUCGUUCCACAUUGAACCGGGUGUUAGCAGUUGAUUAUGAACUUCCACUACAUCUUUCCUCGGAAGCGACUGAUCUCAUAGGUUGUUUGCUUAAACGUCAGCCACAGGAACGGAUCAAGCUGCGCUCAAUUUUGCAACAUCCGUUCAUGUGUAAGAAGCCUGCUACUAGUCAGCGAUUUAUGGAAAGCUCGCACGACAGCGGGAUUGAUUCGAUGUCUCGAACACCUCUGGGCUGCUUAACCAAUAACUUUCCACGUACUGCGUCGAACAGGUCGAGUGAAAGAGCAAGUGGAGAUUGCCGUCGUCCUUCUGUUGGAUUACCGAUACCCUCUCCCGUAUCUGACCCGCAAGAUCGAACGCACACGCCAUCCAUACCAGGUUUGCUGCCUCAUCAGCCUCCUGGACCGUUAAAACACCAAACAGAUUGUCCACGAUUUCCACCACCGCUACCUUCAAAAAGCAACUGCUCUAAUAUGCCCCUGACCUACAGAUGCCACGUCUCCGAUGGGUUUGUGGAAGGAUCGCAAAUCAGCACGGACAGUGGGAUGAAGCUACGUGAACAGGGGCAGCUGCACCAGAUUUCUGAUCGAGGGAUCAUGACAACUAGUCUUUCUGGUUUCUCCCUAUCAUCCAUCUCUAGACCGACAGCUACGGAAGCAGCAAUACCUACUGUUCAUCGAGCACACUCGGCGCGCGCACAAUCCUGUGAUAAACGAAUUGUCAGUGGGUCACAGAUUGCUUUGUCCCAGAAGUCACAGGAAAUGCGGCCAACGCCUCUCAAUAGCCAUCGAUUGCGUCCGAUGCGCACUUUCACUCGCCUAGCGGUGAUCAACAUUCUUGAGGAUGAAUCAGUUUGUCUUGAGUUUCUGAAAAGUGUAACCGCGAGGCAGAAAAACUCAACGGUCACUCCUUCUACCAGGCAUUCACCCUCACAGCAGCACCUAGUUACUGAAGUCAUGGGUAUUGAUCCUUCCGGGCAACAACUUGUAAUUUAUCAGCCUGGAGGUGGUAAAGGUGUUCCACUUAAUUCAAUAGGACUACAGCACGGCGCGGUCCAAACGGAGCCAAAUGAUUCUCUUCCCACUGGAGCCCCACCUUCGGCUAGGUCUGGCGAUUUAGUAUUGUUUUACCAACUCACAGACUUACCUGAAAAGUACUGGAAGAAAUAUCAGUUUGCUGCCAGAUUUAUCCAGAUGGUCAGAGCCCACACCCCCAAAAUUACACUCUAUGCUGAUCGGGCCAAAUGCAUGCUAAUGGAAUCCGGUCCUCCAGCCGACUUUGUCGCUGAGUUUUACGAUGGUGGAACUCGCGUCACCCGUGCAGCGGACGGGUCUAUUAGGAUCACGCAGCCUGCUCCCUGUUCAUCACUGAAUGAGGGUUGCACAUCGCCGUCUCCUGUGUCAGUCUACCUCGAUUCAAACCGGAGUAUGUCCGCACUAUCGCCAGAUAUCAGAUGCCUUUUAGACUAUGUCAGUGAGCAACGCGAGCGGUGCGAAAAGAUUGAAGCUCUUCUUUCUACCACAGACAGAGAAGAAAGACAGUCAUCGGUAUUCCCCAUCAUUCUUGGUCGUCGACCGAAGUCAAAUACCGGCGGUCCUCUGGAUAAGCCAACGGAUCACAACGUCUCCGGCCCAACGAGGCUGUUAACUCCUCUUCUUACGAGGCUGGUAGCGGAUGUAUCCAUGCCAAAGCAAGCCACGCCAGCCAGCAAAUCUGUUUUCGUACCCAAUAUCGGCUGGGCUCUGAAUCACUCCGAUAAGGAACUGCAAGUGCAGUUUAACGACGGUGCGCGACUUCUUUUGUCCUAUGAUCGUUCUUUGGUGCAGUCUAUUCGUUAUACACCACCUCCCGAGGAUAAUCGCCCCGUCCCAACGGAGACAGUUUAUGGGAAUUCUGAUCCACUCCCUGAGGAUGUACAUCGUCGAUUAGAGCUAAUGCCUGUAGUUAUUCAGCGAAUACGAUCGGGGGAAUGUACAUAAAUACUUCUCACUUUAUUCGAGUGUCACCUGAUGCCCCCAACUGUGAUUUUCUAAUGCCGCGUCACUAGCAACUUUUUGUCCGCCGCUCUCUCCUUUCUUCCAUCCUUCUGUUUUCCCCGUUUUCAUUUAUGGUAUUUUCAAUCCUUUCUUCGGACGUUAUGUCGUUCAGUUCGCCUGUACUGCCUAACUGCCACUCAACUCCUCUUCCCCAAAGACGCGCAGAAGCGCCAAUUGUACAUACACACCGGUGAACAAUCUAUUUUGUUAAUAUUGACUCUGUUAUCGAUUGUAUACCAAUAGCAAGAACUCUAACGAGAGGUUUAUUGAUCUUUAUCUGGCUAUUAGCAGCUCCGCUUACUAGCUUAACAUUCGUUCGGGCUUUCAUCCUUUGACCAAUUUGGUCAAAUUCUGUACAGACUGUGUGCUAGGCUUACUUCGAUUGACUCGCGCUGUACGCAAGUGUGUAUGUGCGAAUGGUGGCUCUUUUGUACACAAUUUCGGGCAAAUAUCUGAGUGAUAGUUUUGCUUUCCAGGGCCAAAAGAUGCUUUGUGUACAUAUGAUUUGCAUUUUCA